GUGAAGGUGAUGCACAAGCAACUCCUGCUGUUCCACAACGCCGUGUCGGCCUACUUCAGCGGCAACCAGACGGCCCUCGAGGCCACCUUGAAGCAGUUCAACAUUAAGCUCCGCAGCCCUAACGCGGCCCCCCCCUCCUGGCUGGAACAGUCUGUUCCCGAGACAACGUUUCAGACAAUUUUCGGAACAUUAAACUCUCCGGCGUCGAAGUAGAAAAGAAGAGAGGGAGAGAAGAAGAUAAAGAGGAAGAGAGAGAAGGAGAGAGA